UCCAACAAAAACCAACAAGUCAAACAAAACCAACAAGUCAAACAAACCCAACAAGUCCAACACGCCAAACAAGUCCAACAAGCCAAACAAAACCAACAAGUCCAACAAACCAAACAAGUCAAACAAAACCAACAAACCCAACAAGCCAAACAAAUCCAACAAGUCAAACAAGCAAACAAAACCAACAAACCCAACACGUUCAACAAGCCAAACAAACCCAACACGCCAAACAAGCCAACACGUCAAACAAAUCCAACAAGCCAAACAAGUCAAACAAACCCAACAAGCCAAACAAGUCCAACAAGUCAAACAAACCCAACACGCCAAACAAAUCCAACAAGUCAAACAAGCAAACAAAACCAACAAACCCAACAAGCCAAACAAAUCCAACAAGUCAAACAAGCCAACACGUCAAACAAAUCCAACAAGCCAAACAAGUCAAACAAACCCAACAAGUCCACCAAGCAAACAAAACCAACACGUCCAACAAGCCAACACGUCAAACAAAUCCAACAAGGCAAACAAGUCAAACAAACCCAACAGGCCAAACAAGUCCAACAAGUCAAACAAACCCAACAAGCCAAACAAAUCCAACAAGUCAAACAAGCAAACAAAACCAACAAACCCAACAAGCCAAACAAAUCCAACAAGCCAAACAAAUCCAACAAGUCAAACAAGCAAACAAAACCAACAAACCCAACACAUCCAACAAGCCAAACAAAACCAACAAGCCAAACAAAACCAACAAGCCAAACAAAUCCAACAAGCCAAACAAGUCCAACAAACCCAACACGCCAAACAAGCCAACACGUCAAACAAAUCCAACAACAAGCCAAACAAGUCCAACAAACCCAACAAGUCGAACAAGUCAAACAAACCCAACAAGUCCAACAAGCCAACACGUCCAACAAGCCAACACGUCAAACAAAGCCAACACGUCAAACAAAUCCAACAAGCCAAAUAAGUCCAACAAGUCAAACAAAACCAACAAGCCAACAAGCAAACAAUCCAACAAGUGA